AUGGCGGUGAAGAUGGCGGUGAUCAAAGCGGUCGGCCGGCAUAAUGGCGAUAACGAACUGCAUGGAUUGACCUCCGACGUCGAAAUCAGAUGGAUCGGAUUGAUACGUACGACUGACGCGCCGCAAGCCCCACGACCCGAAAAUCGACGUUACGCGACGAACUCAUGUGACCAAUGGCACUAUCUAUGUGACAGCUCGAGUGAGAAAUUGACACCUGAGGCAAAAGGCUCCGCUUAUCUAAGCGAACCGUGA